AUGGAACUCCCAGUAACAACAUUCUGGCCGAGCAAUGUAACAGUAGACUCCUCCACAGCUGAUCCCACUUAUAUGACGACCACCAUUCCAGUAUCCCCUCAAACGUCCACAUACAAAGUAAUGAAGAAUUCUAUAGCCUGUCUCAUCAUAGAGGGACGCUUCCAACUAAUUGUGUCUUAUAUUAAAUGGGAUAAUGGAAUUGUUUUUACAUAUCGUGUCUCACUUUCUGAUAUUGGACAAAUCCAAAUUCAUGGCCAAAAAAAAUGUAGAUGUCCCAGAGUACAAACAUUUAAUGUGGAGAAUGGGAAAUUUUCAGAAAACGGAUACGACUGUAAUGAAGACGUAGAACCUAUUCCAGGUCCUGGAAAUGCUCCUGUGCAUAUGUUUACAGUGGCUGAUAAUAACAUCACUUGUAUUGUAAUCAAAGGUGGAUUUCAGUUCAACAUUCCAUACAUGUCAUAUAAUGGGAAAAUAGUCAUUGGAUUUUACAAUACCUGGAAAUUGACAUUAUACUUCUCCUCUGAUGUAAAGCAAAGGGAAAUUUUAGCAAGAGAACACGUUACAAAGUACCACAUCUCACAUAUUGAGCUGGAUUAUGAUUUCAAUAACAACCUUUUUACAGACGCUGUGGACAACAUUCUCGGUACAAAUAAAACAGCUGUUACUGCCUGUCUUCGAGCAUUGACAACAAAUGAAGAUCAAAGCUACAUGUGCAAGAAAGAUUCUACAUUUAACAUUCAGAAUGGUGUAUCUAUGAUAACCAAGGAACUUCAAUUUCAAGCCUUCAAAACUGAAAAUUUAACUGCUUUCAGCUCUGCAGUCUACUGUAAGGACAAUGGAGAUAAUUACAUCGUGUUAAUUUCCACAGGAGCAGCAUUAGGAGGACUUCUACUUUCAGUUGCUGUGUUGGUCAUUGUUUACAAGAAACGUCAGAAUUAUGAACAAUUAACACAUUGA